GUUAGUGAAUCACUUCAGAUGAGUGUCAUGGCCGCUCAGGUGAAGGCUCUGGUGGGCGCUAAGUGGUUAGCUGAAGCGAUCAAAAACAAGCGCGUGGGACCGAGUUUGCGGGUUCUGGACGCCUCGUGGUACCUGCCGGCAGUAAAACGGAAUGCGCGCGAGGAGUUCACGCAGCGUCACGUCCCAGGCGCGUCGUUCUUCGACAUAGAUGAGUGCAGCGACACGUCGUCCCCGUUUGAUCACAUGCUGCCCAGUGAGGACGAGUUCGCCGAGUACGUGGGAAACCUGGGCGUCGGGAACGACACGCAUGUGGUCGUGUACGACUGCAGUGACUUCGGCGCGUUCGCGGCGCCCCGCGUCUGGUGGAUGUUCCGCUUCUUCGGUCACCGCUCCGUGUCGGUGCUGAACGGCGGCAUGAAGAAGUGGCUGCACGACGGCCACCCGGUCACUGACCUGUACUCCACACCGGAGCGCGCGCACUUCACGGCACAGAAGAACGCCGCCUGGGUGAAAACGUACGAAGACGUGCUGCAGAACCUCACCGACCGGAAGUUCCAACUCGUAGACGCGAGAGUACAGGGACGUUUCCGGGGUCUCGAGCCUGAACCUCGCGAAGGCACAGAACCCGGUCACAUACCCGGCAGCAUCAACAUGCCCUUUCCUUCCUUUAUGGAUUCCUCUGGACAGGAGCAUCCAGUGGAGGAGCUUAGGGAGAUGUUCCAAAGUGCAGGCGUCGACCUGCAGAAGCCCUUCUGUGUGACGUGUGGUUCGGGGGUGACGGCGUGCCACAUCACGUUUGCAGCACACUUGUGUGGACACCCGAACGUGUACCUGUACGACGGCUCGUGGUCCGAGUGGUUCUAUAAGGCGGCGCCGGAGCACAUCGUCUCCGAAGGGAAAGGAAAACAGCAGUGAGAUUAGAAAGCUGGAGCACAAAAUGUGAAAGUGCACUUUAAACUAAUCCAAUCAGUGCCUCGUGUAUUGUUAUUUAACUGUGUUUAUAAUUCACAGUAAAGAAUAUAAAGAUUAGUGUUACUAAUUUUAUGCCUGUUCACUACAUUUAUGUUCUUCAGUAUGUAAUUAAAAAGCUCAAAGACCGCUUAGCAUUUAAAGGUUUAAAUAGGUUUUAAUCUUUUGUUGUUUCCAGUUUUAACAUUUACUCUAAAACAUAAGACAACAACAAAUUCCUUAGUAUCAUAACAUUAACAGUAAUAUAUUCUUAAUAGCAACAUUAAUAGUAAUACAUUUUAAUUUGGUAAAUAAUUAUUUUUGUGUUUGAGCAAAUAAAGAGAAAAACUGUA